UCGAUAAUGAAAAUGUAUUAUAGUUUUUCUUUAAUUUAUUGAAAAAAUAUGAUUUUAUUAUAAAUUAAAUUUCUUGUAAUUAAUUUGAUUUAGAUGGUGAGCAUUGUAUCUGAUUUGGCAAAGUCAAAUCUGGAGAAAUUGAUUAAUGCAACAGUAGAACGAUCACGUUAUAUUUGUUGCUUCACAUGCAUUACUGAUAACUUUGAAAAGGAAAGGGAAAAUUUGAAAGCAAAAAAGAAAACAUGGGAAGAGUCUGCUAGACUGGCAACUAGAAGAGGUGAUAAUAUACGAGAAGACUUCACACUUUGGCAAAAGCAAACUAAAGAACUUAUUGAAGAAAACACCAAAAAGAAAGUGACAUGUUUCUUUGGAUGGUGUCCUAACUACAAAUGGCAAUAUAGUAGGGGGAAGGAAUUGGAAAGUAAGACAAAGGAGAUUAGAAGACUUGUUGAAUGCAACUUUGAAAAUGUUGGAAUCACUCGUGAUGUUCUUGACAUUGAAUAUCACUCUUCUCAAAACUACAUUUCAUUGGAAAGUAGAAAGUUGAAAUUUGAAGAACUUUUUAAUGCCUUGAAAGAUGACAACAACUAUAUGAUUGGAUUGCAGGGGAUGGGGGGCACAGGAAAAACAACAUUAGCAAUAGAGGUGGGUAAGGAGCUUAAGAAGUCAAAAUGUUUUAAUCAAGUAAUUGAUACUACAAUAUCUAAUACCCCUGAUAUAAAAGAGAUUCAAGAUGAUAUUGCAGGACCAUUAGGACUGUUAUUGAAGGAUUGUACCGAAUCAGAGAGGCCUAAAAAGUUGAAGGAUAGAUUAACCAAUGGUGAAAAAAUUCUUCUGAUUCUAGAUGAUGUGUGGGGAGAUAUCAAUUUUGAAGAAAUAGGUAUUCCAUUUAAGGGCAACCAUAACAAUUGUAGAAUUCUUGUAACAACCCGCAAUAUGAAGAUAUGCCAACAAAUGGACUGUGACAAGACAAUUGAACUUCAUAUCUUACCUGAGAAAGAGGGAUGGAUAUUGUUCCAAAAGUAUGCUGGUUUAAGUGAUAAUUCCUCUAAAAGUAUUCUUGAUAGAGGUCGCAAAAUUUCGAAAGAGUGUAAAGGAUUGCCAAUUGCAAUUGCUUUUAUUGCUCGUAGUUUAAAGGGUCCACGACCUCUGGAAGAAUGGGAUGUAGCCUUAACAUCCUUACAAAAGUCCAUGCACGUAAAUGAUAAUGAAGAUGAAAGUCGGAAAAAAGUUUAUACAUGUCUAAAGUAUAGUUAUGACAAUAUGAAGGAUGAAACAGCUAAGAAAUUGUUCCUUUUAUGUUCUUUGUUUCGAGAAGAUGAAGAAAUAUCUGAAGAACUUUUAGUCAGACUUGCUAAAGGAGCAACUCUCAUUGACAAAAUUGAUGACGAUGACAGUUACGACGAAUGUCGUAAGAAAGUUAUUGUAGCAAAAAAUAAACUCAUAGAUUCAUGUUUACUUUUGAAUUGUAAAUAUGAAAGAGUAAAAAUGCAUGACUUGGUUCGUGAAAUGGCUUUGUGGAUAGCUAACGAGGAGAAUGUGGCAGUGAAUACAUCUAAGAAGAAUGAAAUGACAAAGGUUGAAAAGGGGAAGGAUAUUAAAUAUUUAUUAUGUGAAGGAAAAAUAAAAAAUUUAUUUUCCUCCAAGUUUGAUGGAUCUAAACUUGUUAUUCUUAUUGUCUACAUGAAGACACAUCAUCAUGUGGAGGUCCCAAAUUCAUUCUUUGAAAACAAACCAGGGCUUCAAGUUUUGAUUUUAUCAAAUAGCUUUGUACCUAGACCAAGUUUAUCAUUGCCUCAGUCAAUUCAAAGGUUGACCAAUAUCAAAUCUUUAUACCUCAAAAGAUUCAAAUUAGGUAACAUCUCGAUUAUUGGAAACCUACAGGCCCUUGAGACUCUCGAGUUGGUUUGA